AUAGUGAAUGCAGGGUCCGGGAGAGCGGAUAUAGUGAAUGCAGGGUCCGGGGAGAGCGGAUAUAGUGAAUGCAGGGUCCUGGGAGAGCGGAUAUAGUGAAUGCGGGGUAUGGGGAGAGCGGAUAUAGCGAAUGCAGGGUCCGGGGAGAGCGGAUAUAGUGAAUGCAGGGUCUGGGAGAGCGGAUAUAGUGAAUGCGGGGUCUGGGGAGAGCGAUAUAGUGAAUGCGGGGUCCGGGAGAGCGGAUAUAAUGAAUGCGGGGUCCGGGGAGAGCGGAUAUAGUGAAUGCAGGGUCUGGGGAGUGCGGAUAUAGUGAAUGCAGGGUCCGGGGGAGCGCGGAUAUAGUGAAUGCGGGGUCCGGGGAGAGCGGAUAUAGUGAAUGCGGGGUCCGGGGAGAGCGGAUAUAGUGAAUGUGGGGUC